AUGUCGAGCCCCAAGCGAGCGCGACUCGAUGACGACGCAGACAAAGACCAGAAGGAGAACACGAAACGAAUUCUCGUCUACCGCAACGGGAACGACAAGGAAUGGAAGGUAAGACGUCAGCUCAGAAGCGGAGACUCGGGACACGACCUCCGAGAUGGUGGUCGUGCAGCCGAUAUCUCAGAGGCCAUGCUCAAGAUCAUAGAGUUUCCGGUCUUCAAGGUACCGACGUCUCUGGAAACACUUCUAGAAAAUAUCGGCGUCAAGUUCGGUCUGCAAGCCAAGCGGCUUUUCACAAGCAAGGGAUCCGAGAUAAGAAGCGUAGACGAGUUGAGGAAUAUGGACGUGCUUUACGUCUCGUCGGGAGAGGACUUCGUACCGCCGCCAUCUUCUCUGGUGCCAUCUCUUCCACCUGGCGACUCCGAGUGGGUCCUUCUCAACGUUGGCGGGCAGUACUUUGCCACCACGAGAGCUACACUGACUUCAUCGGAGCCGCGUUCCAAGCUGGCCGGCUUGUUUUCCGUGGGACCAAACGCGGCAGAUUUCGCUGCCAGGAGGGAUGCGCAGGGUGCCUACAUGUUUGACCGGGACCCGGCGUACUUCAGGGUGGUGCUCAACUAUCUUCGCUACAGGAAAGUCAUGCUCGACAAGGACGUGUCGCCAACAGCCGCUGAGCUCCGCAACCGCUACGCCACCGUGGCGGACAAGGCGAGGGAGGAAGUACGACUCUUUGUGGUGCAGGGGCCCUUCAGUGUUCUCGAAGAGGCGAAGUAUUUUGGUAUCGAAGGCUUGGUCCACGAUCUCGGAAAGGGGUCGAGGUCGGCUUUCGGAAGGAUCCGUGAGCUGGAAGCUGGUAUGGGCCCGGCGCCGGCGGAGAGCGGUACCGACCGCCCAUUCACACGCCAAGACGUCCUCAUAGCCCUCGCUAGGAUUCCCGCCGGAGAUCUCCGCUUCCAAGCAGCAGACUUCACGGGUGCCGACCUCUCGCACCUGGACUUGAAUCACAUCAAGUUCAAGAGGGCGAAGAUGGAAAAGUGUGACCUGUCCCACAGCAUCCUGAACCACAGCGUCUUCGACUACGCAGACUUGCGCGAAGCCAAGUUAGAGAGACCACGCCGCACUUUGGAUUUCCAGAAGGCUCAGCUUCUUGGAGCAAAGUUCAACCACGCCAACCUGUCUGGAGUGUACGCCAAGUCCUGCGUCAUGGGCCAGCAAGGCGAUGUCUCCGCCAACAUAGCUAACUUGGAAGGGGCCAAGCUGAAUGACGCUGUGCUGGACGGAAGCAAGAUGUACGGCGUGAACUUGAAGAAAGCAGAGAUGAACAAAGUCAGCCUGGCAGACUGUGAUAUGCGUACUGCCAUCCUCACUGGCGUCACGUUGCUGGAUUGUAACCUGCAGAAAUGCGACAUGCAAGACGUGGUGCUGGGAUAG